AAAUCCCCGUUAGAUGCAUAAAAGGGUCCCAAAACGACUCCGCAUCAUUCAAAGCUUACUGCCGAGCCGUAGGGUCACACGAGGACCUUCAACUAUGUGGGCACGAGGGUAAGGUUGGACAGCGGCGGGAUUAAAUGGGCAAUCUGAUGGGAAACUGGAGAUAUAAGGAGCCGAGCACCGUGGAGGAAUGCGACUCGACGUGGGAAAGCGACUCGGAGAGCGAUGAGCAGCAUCAGCAGCAGCUGGGAAGAGAGGAGGAGGACAGCGGCAUCUCUGAGCCCAUCAGCCCGUCAGAAACAGGCAGAGGAACGGAGCAGCUGGAUCAUGGAUCGCCGCAGUUUGGUGAUAUGCUGGAAUCCUCCACCAGAAUGAAAAGGAGUUUUUAUGCAGCCAAGGACCUUUACAAAUAUCGCCAUAGUUAUCCGAACUACAAAGAACCCCGACGGAUGAAUGAGUACCGCAAUCUUAGGUUCUAUCUCAACAAAAUACCCCUUGUGCCAGAUGGUAUUUAUAUUGAAGAAAUCCUCACCAAAUGGAGAGGAGACUAUGACAAGCUAGAGCACAAUCACACAUACAUUCAAUGGCUUUUCCCACUCAGAGAACAAGGCCUCAAUUAUUAUGCUCAAGAACUCACUCAGGAUGAGAUAAAGGAAUUCCAAAGCACUCGAGAAGCCAAGAGACGUUUCCUCCUAGCCUACACCAUCAUGUUGGAUUUCUUUGGGAUCAAGCUCCUGGAUAAAAAUGGGAAUGUGACUCGAGCUCAGAACUGGCAAGACCGCUUUCAGCAUCUGAAUGAGUCACAGCACAACUAUCUGCGGAUAACCCGUAUACUGAAGAGCCUCGGUGAGCUGGGCUUCGAACACUUCAAGUUCCCUCUUGUUCGUCUGCUGCUAGAGGAGGCGCUGGUCGAGGGCACUUUACCCAACAUGCGUCACAGCGCACUGGAGUAUUUCGUCUACACUCUGCGACAACACUCUCAGAGACGCGCCCUGCUCCGUUUCGCCCAGCGCCACUACCACCCGCCAGAGAACUUCAUCUGGGGUCCUCCCAGGAGGAAGCGUGUUCCUGGGACAUCUGGAUGUUCUGGGACAAGAGCUGGGAAGCCGGAGGUCACAGACCGGAGCGCAGGGAAAGCGAGGUCACCUAAAGAGGGCAGGAAUCAGAGUAACUUAGAGAGAGAGACAGAGGAUACAAACAGGAGUGAGAAGUGGAGAAUGGCGAAAGGACGGAUAGAUACAGAAGAAUACAUUGAGACCAUUCCCCUGUAAAAUAAAAAACAGGGGAAUUCUGGGAAAGCAGGUGUACAUGUCAGUUUAGGCUGAGGUUAAAGUUAGGAAAAAGAACAGCACAGCAAUAUUAUUCCAUAUCUUGGCCUUUUAAAGACUUUAUGAUCACGUUGACUGUUUGGCAUUUCUUUUUAAAAACGGGAUGUUUUUCUUAACUCUGAACUUGUAAGCUGAUAAAUGUAUCUACUGUAGUUCUUGUUGACUUUUGCUGUAAAGAGGUCUUAGCAAUAUGUGAAUAUAUACAGUUUAAGUGCUGCAGUCCCUGACAUGAUAACACACGUGUGUUUGUGUGAAAUAUUGCACUUUUGACUAUCCAGUCUUCCCCUAUGAGAGAACAUUAUUCUAAUCUGCAGACAUUGCUGUCUCUCAGUUAUUCUCUGUGUUAAGAUCUGGCGUAAGUUCCUUAUACCCGAUGCUUGUAGCUCCUUGUAACAAUUCAUUAGGAUAGUGUGAAAAUACAUUCAGGAAUUUUCAGGUUUUUAUUAACCAUGUAUGUUUAGAUAUGUGUGAGGUUACCACUUUAAUCCAGUUCUUUAAAAAGUCUUGCAACAUAAAGUGCCUAUUUUAUUUUUUACAGCAUAUAUACGUGCUAGUGUGUAUGCUGCCUUUCUAAUCAAACUUAUGUGAAUAGUGUAUGAGUGAAGACAAUCAGGGCUAUUAAUGGUCACAUACACAUACAAUACAAAUAUAUGAGCUGAUUUAUUAGUAUUGAUAGUGUAUACUCAGAGGGCUUGGCAAUACCUCCACAUCUGUGUGUAUGUGUGCGAAUGUUUUCAAGUUCUGCCUUUUUGAUUUAGAAGGGAAAUGAUGAUGAGGAGCAGAAAAAUAUCUACUACUAUCUCUCUGUCGUCUUACUCUAGUUUGGAGAGAAAAUAGUGGGUGGUAUGCAGUAACAAAGCCUCUUUCAAACAUAUUACAUUAUACAAUGAGGGCUAUAACACCCCCGUGCUUCUCAAUCUUUCCAUCUUGAUUUACUUUUAGCCAGUCUUUGCAUUGUAACCCAAGGUUCAUUAAACCUAUUUUGUGUAUUUUGCUGUCUGAUUCAUCCAAAUGGACAUAAAGUGUUUUGAUAUCAGGAAACAUUUAGCCAUUAUUUAUAUUUUUUCAUAAAAGAAUGUUCCAGCUUCAAUACAUGCUAAGCUCUAUCAACAGCAUUUAUGGCAAAAUUUUAAUUCUGUCAUCAUUUACUCACCCUCUUGUUAUUUUAAACCUGUUUGACUUUAUUUCUUCAGCAGAACACAAAAGAAUUUUUGAAGAAAUUUUGUAACCGAACAGCACCGGCCCCCAUUCACUUCUAUUGUUUGGACACAAAACCAAUGCAAGUGAAUGGGGGGCCAGUUAACAACAUUCUUCAAAAUAUCUUCUUUUGUGUUGAAGAAAGAAAGUCAUACAGAUUUGAAAUGACAAGAGGGUGAGUAAAUGAUGACAGAAUAAUUGUUUUUAUUUAAAAAAGCUUCACAUUUUUGUUGUUAAACCCUUAGCAACGUAAAUCUAUUGAACUAUGAUAACUGUGUUCAACAAAUUGAAAAUAUUCUCCAUUAAAUCAAACAAAUAUUUUUAAAAAUACAAUGUAUUUAUUGAACUUGGAACAUUCUUUUGUGAACCUGUGGUUUUAAGGGUUUAAAGAUUCUCUUCCACUAUUUCUCUCAAGCCAGAGAAACCACAAUACUCCUUCGUUGUGUCUCGUACUUGUGUGGUAACUGUUUGACGGUCUCAUGCAAGGCACUGUUUUUCUGUUACUUUAUUGGUAAGUGAUGAUUUGUAUAUCGUGGCCUAAUAAAGUGCAGCUCUUUAAAGAAAUGUUGCUUGUAUGAUGUAUGAUGUGGUGAACUUCACCAACUAAACUUUACAUUUCCUUUUUGUCACUAAAUAGGAUGGACACAGUGUCAUUUUGUAUCAGUACAAAAAUAGGUACGAAGUCCAAUCAAAUUGAGUUGAUGUAUAUGAAUACAUAUUUAAGAUACCUUGUAUUAAAAUAUGUUAGUCGUGCUGGGUUCCUCUGAAACUGUUCUCUUUGUGCAAAUGUGUACUUUUGGAAAAAGUACCACCGCAUUGAUAGCUUGUCGUUGACAGAGGACAAGCCUGAACAUCACUACAUCCUCUCCUAUAAUCCGCUCUGAUGGUAUAGGGCAGGGUUUUAAAGUCAGGGAAUGCAGUUAAAAUGCUGAUAAAAAUGAAAGAAGAAAGCUGCCAUAUGGUCACUUCAGACACCCCAGUCCCCAGUGGUUUGAAGAAUAGCGUGUGUGCUGUAAUCAAUGUGAGCAUUGCUGUUUCUUGUCAAAGCGUCAGUGAGUGUGUGACUGGUUUUCAUGAUGUACACCUGUGAGUGUGACUUUCAAUGCCAGCUCCUCAGUCACGGAGGCUCCUGGAGACAGCUGUCAGAUGCACACCUGGUCCAGGAAUCUUCUCACUGAGCUCGGCCUUUACCUGAUAAUUCUUUGACUGACAUGCCGCAACUGAAUUUGUUUUUAAAGCCUUCGGGUAGUAAUUUAUAGUGUCUUGACUUAGUAACGUAGUAAGACCAUGUUUUAGAGGACAAUGAGAAUGAAAAUGUUGUGUGUUUUGUAUGCUUCGUGGCUAAGUGUGCUUCAGUAAGCACAGUUAGUAUUGUACACACUCAGCGCUCCUGCUGUGGAACCGUGUGUUAAAUGUGCUGAGUGGAAGGAGAUGUGGCAGUACUGAUCGGCAGUGACAGAAUGAGGUAAAGAGGGUUUUGUGCUGGGUGUCUGUGUUGUGAAGCGGAUACCCCCACUCCAUGUGACUCACUGAUUUUUUCAAUAUGCCCCCUCAAAGCUUCAUAUUAAAACAACAUUCAUAAAUCCUACAGCAUAUACUCUCUCAAAACAGUGACGCAUAUAAACAGUCAUGAGCAAAAGGUCUGGCGAGCCUCAGGUCUCUUUCUCUCUCAUUAUAUCAGUAUAUCCGUUUGGAGAUCUGUUUGGUUACUGAUAUUCUUCCAAAUAUCCUCCUUUGUGUUCUGCAGAACAAAAAAAUGUGUACAGGUCUGGAACAAUCUGAGGGCGAGUAAAUGAUGUAAAGUAAUUUUUGGGUGAACUAUCACUUUAAAGAUUUAUUUAAUCUUGGGUAUCGAACACACUUUUUCCUGCUGGCUAUUAGAAGUCGAUCACCAUGGAUUCUGGUUGUGUCAUAUAUCAGAUUUUCACGGGUCUAUAUAAACAUUCUGUGCCACAUCAUUUAAAGUGUCAAGCGUAAAAACAUGGGAGUCAGUUUUAAAACAUUUGUUACUGUCUGUUAUCUCUCCUAACUUGACGUUGGCUACCCAGAGAUGAAACACAAUCUUUACCAACUUUAUUUAAACACAGAAUGUGUGAGUCUAAAGCUGAUAUUUCUCUCUGGUGUGUAAGGGGACUUAUGUUCAAAACGUAACUCAAUGUAUACAGUUGUUGUGGUUGUUUUCAGAAACUGGAAAGAGUUGAAAAUUUAGUAAAUUGUGAAAAUUAAAGUUUGUUUUAAAUUUGGUACAACCCAGAACAAACUAUUUUACAUGAGAGGUGUUUAUAUAUAGUCCACGCCACAGAAUAAUAGCUGAAUUAACAAAAAUAAGCCAAAUCAAAAGGUUACAAGGUGCUAAAAGGUUCUUAACAGUGAUUUCAUUGAAGAACCAUUUUUGGUUCCAUAAAAAAAGAUUAAUUUAAAGGUUCUUUAAAGAACCAUCUUUUUCUUCCUUUUUGUAAUAUGAUAUUUUAUUUUUUUGCCACAUAGAACCUUUUGUGAGACAGAAAGGUUCUUUGGAAGUUCUCUUUGGAACCAUUUAGACAAAAAAGGUAUUUUCUAUGGCAUCAUAAAGUACCUUUAUUUUAGAGAGUGCACCCUAGAUUUUUAAUGAUGUUAGACGAUUAUCAACUGUUUUUAUGUUUUGAGAUAGCAAAUUCUUUUUCUACACAUUUACCCUCUUUGCAACAGUGACUUAGUCAGUGGAAUAUACAUUUUUGAAUGAUCCAUGUAAAUUCUUUAUUAAUUUUUAUUAAUGUCACUUCUGGAUGUUUUUCAACAAAAGCCCAGAUAACUGAAGCUUUCUAGCUCAACCUGGCAUGGCACUACACUGUAUGUAAAGAUCAAGUGUUUGAUUUCAAGAGAACGUUUGCACAACAUCUAUAGCUUGAAUGCGCUCUUCCUUUCAAUAAAACAUCUGCCAAAUGUAACAGAUUUAAAUUGUUUAUAUUUUCACAUUGAUUCCCAAUUGGGUUAACGUUGAAUAUGAAACUCUGGAUGUUUUUUGAGAGAAACUUCUGCCUUUUUAAAAGAGGAAGUGUUGAUAAAGACUCAUGGCAGUGCAUGUAAUGAAUCAGCCAGCCCUGUCAUCUUAAUUCUUCAAUGUUACCACCCAUGCAAAUUUAUGUGACCUUUGUUUAACCAUGCCAUGACAGAAAGCAUUUCAGCCUUUUCUCAGAGAUAUUAUCCAGUCAUUAAGCAGCUGUUCCCUGGCACAUUUAAUAAAAAAAGGAUGUGGGAGAAAGAGAGUGAUAUAGACACAAGCAAUUUGAUUUUCUAACACAUUCUAGAAAAAGACUUCAGGUUAGGAUUUGCCAAAACAUACUUAAAAUGAAUGACACAUAUACAUACCAACCUUGACUAUAUUAAAAUUAGUGGUGGGCAUAGAUUAAUUUUUUUAAUCUAGAUUAAUCUAGAUUAAAAUGGCUCAUUUGAAUUCUGCCGAAGGCAUUCAGAAUAUGUGUGCUACCCAAAUAAUGACUAAAAGUAAGUCUUUGAGAACGGGUUUCUCAAGCCAGGUGGCGCAUUAGACCAGGGGCUCAUCUCCUGUUUCCAAAAUGCAUCACAAACUGCUUGAGAAAGCUGUUCUACUAUGAUAAUUGGUGAUGAAAAUUAAAUUAUGUUCAAUAAGAUGAACUUGUGUUUACUUCCGCAUUAGCUAAGGGAUGAUUUGCGUUUAGGUGGUACUUGAGACUGGAAGAGCUCCUACAGUACAUUUACAUUUAGUCAUUUAGCAGACGCUUUUAUCCAAAGCAACUUACAAAGAGUGAGGGAGCAACAAGCGAUAUGUCAUACAGGAGCCAUAAUACAUUAGAUCUCAAUACAAAGUUACUGGUUUCAACUAAAGCUAGACAACUACCUGUUGAGAGAAAGUGUGUUUUUUUAAAACCAAUUCCGCAUUGCACAAACAACCUUAGUCUUGUCGAUAUUUCCAUUGGGAAUUUUCUUAAAAAUAAAUAUUCCCUGAAGCAAACCCGGCGGCUUCAUAGCUGCAUCCAUGUUAGCACGUCACGUUUGAUGCGGUAAUUUCACAGUAACGUUAUGUUGUGUUCAGACCAAACGCGAAUGGCGUGUCAAGCCCGAGUGAUUUAUAUGUUAAUGCAAAGAGGCAAUAGACCUACUUGCUGCGCGAAUCGCGCGAAUGAAGCCCUGGUUAUGAGAUGAUGAGGCGGCUUCUGCUUCCGCGAAUGACGCGAAUGACGCGAAUCACGCGAGUUGAAAAAUCUCGUUCUCGCCCCGUAAAGUGCAGUUAAGCUGGUAUACAUCCGCGCUAAAAUAUCAAGGUGAAAGUCAUCAUAGCUUGCGUAGUAUAGACCCAGCUCCCAACCCAACUCUGAGAAUAGAUUAACGGCGACAUUUUUUUUAUCGCGCCAUAAAAGUCUCACUGCGUUAACGGCGUUAAGGCCCACCACUAAUUAAAAUGUUUUAUUUUGAACUUAAUGCACAUCAUGAUUUUUGUCAAAGCUUAUCUUGGUGCUUCUGUUUCUGAUGCUGCUAUCAUUUGUACUCUCUGUAGAAAGUGAAUUUUUAUCUAAAUUGUUUCAGUUCCUCCUUUGUUUGAGCAUGUCAACAUGCCUCGAAACUAAUCUCACAACAACAGUGACAAAAACUAAAUACAGAGUUUCGACUGACUGUCACACUUUUGACUGGUAAUCUUUCUGUGGUUAAAGCUUACCACAAUUAGAGCCCAGAAUGCAACAACAACAUUGUCAGAUUCAGCUUUAUUAGGCAAACAAGAUAUAAAAAAGAAAUAUUUAUAGGCCCAUGAUUCAUACAUGCUUACAAUACAUUGUGUCAUGGGUGCAUUGCAUUAUUAUGAUUCAA